UUUAUACUUAUGGCGAUUAAUUCAGAAUCGGUUCAAAGAAACAAAGAGCUCGUUUCUCUCUCACUGUUAUCGAUUAAACUUCUCAAACGUUACAAUUGUGUAAAGAAAAUUACUACAUAAUAGGAAAUAUAGUUCAAACCAACGCGUGGUAGCAUCAAAUUUAAUAACUAAAACUAAUUCCAUUUGGUGAAUUAUUACAUUAUAUUAUGAAGAUAAAUCUUAUAACUAUACAGAAAUAUAAAUGUCCAUGUAUUAAUGCGUUUACCAGUAACCAAUAGUACAAAUGUAUGUAUACUUACAUAUAUCCUACGGAUAUUUAUAUACGUGGUGCAAGUGCCUUCCAGCACCAUAAUCCGGUCUUGUCCUCGUCGUGACUCGUCGGUGACGUAACCCAUAAAUAGAAGUCAAGAGAGUAAACCCAGCAGACGUUAUCCGUCUUCGAGGAGAAACGAAUCUUUCUAAUAACGAUACGUGUACCAUAAAAAGAUGCAAAAAUCAUUGAGAAUUUCGAUCAUGAUGAUCCUUCUAACGUGGAAAACGUACGCCGAGGUCUAUGAAGGAGCGAUAAUGAACACAAACGAAAGGACACUAUUCAUAAGGAGUCUUCCCGGUUAUCCUGGAAGUAGAAGCAACUUGUACGAAGUUUACAUGGAACCCUAUUUUUUUGUAAUAGGAUUGAAAGCAGUGGUUGAGAUGAGAGCACUCGGGAAAGAUGGAUUGCCAAUAGAAGGUCCUAAAGGAAGGUUGACACUGGAACAACAAGCCGAUGGAGUUAAAAUAAUUGGGACUAUAACAGGUUUGAGUCCGGGUAUGCAUGGAUUCCAUGUACAUGAAAAGGGUGAUCUUAGAGAAGGGUGUGAUUCUGCUGGACCGCACUUUAACCCUUACAUGGUAAAUCACGGAGCACCAAACGAUCCGUUACGGCAUGUCGGAGAUUUGGGUAACAUCGAGGUCGGCCCUGAUGGAGUAGCACAAAUCAAUGGUAUGGAUCGCUAUCUGAGUUUGGUUGGAGUUCGUGGUGCCGUAGGAAGAGCAUUGGUGAUACAUGCAAAACCAGAUGACUUUGGUCGUGGAGGAACCGAAGAAAGCAUUAAAACUGGUUCAUCCGGAGCUCGAUUAGCUUGCGGCAUUAUUGGAUUUUUAUAAACGUAAUUUUGGAUUCUCCUUUGCCUUAUUUUAUACUGCCUAUAAUGUCGAGCGUUUUAUUUCAAUUCAAAUAAAUCGAUCGUAUCUUAUCGACUCUUCCAUUUGAACUCGAUCAACCUCAAGAAUUCUUUUACCAACUUGAAAGUGAAAUAGAACGACGAAUGUGAAAGGAUUAGAUAACUGUCAUGUCCUAAGGGUAUACGACCACAAAUAAUUAACAAGUAACUAUAAA